AUGGCGGACCAGGAGCGCCAACAUGCCUUGGCUUCGUUCAAGGCGAAACUGAUCGAGUCGCGAGAGUGGGAAGCAAAGCUCAAGAACUUGCGUCUGGAACUCAAGGGGCUACAGAAGGAGUACGACCAAACAGAAGAGAACAUCAAGGCGUUGCAAAGUGUCGGCCAGAUCAUCGGCGAGGUCCUCAAGCAACUGGACGAUGAGAGGUUUAUUGUCAAGGCCUCCUCCGGCCCCAGAUACGUCGUCGGCUGCCGCUCAAAGGUCGACAAGGCGAAGCUCAAGCAGGGAACACGUGUGGCGCUCGACAUGACGACCCUCACCAUCAUGCGCAUGCUCCCCCGCGAGGUCGACCCACUAGUAUACAACAUGUCGCUCGAGGAUCCUGGUCAAGUCAGCUUCGGGGGUAUCGGCGGUCUCAACGAUCAGAUUCGUGAGCUCAGAGAGGUUAUUGAGCUGCCCCUCAAGAAUCCAGAGCUGUUCUUGCGAGUCGGUAUCAAGCCCCCCAAGGGUGUCUUGCUCUAUGGCCCUCCAGGUACCGGAAAGACGUUACUAGCCAGGGCUGUCGCGAGCAGCUUGGAGACCAACUUUUUGAAGGUCGUCUCCUCCGCCAUCGUCGACAAGUACAUCGGUGAAUCCGCCCGAUUAAUCCGCGAAAUGUUCGGCUACGCCAAGGAACACGAGCCCUGCAUCAUCUUCAUGGACGAGAUUGAUGCCAUCGGUGGCAGGCGUUUCAGCGAGGGUACAUCUGCCGACAGAGAAAUCCAGCGUACACUUAUGGAGCUCCUCAACCAGCUCGACGGUUUCGACUAUCUCGGCAAAACCAAGAUCAUCAUGGCGACGAACCGCCCCGAUACCCUCGACCCUGCUUUGCUGCGUGCCGGCCGUCUAGAUCGCAAGAUUGAGAUUCCUCUGCCGAAUGAGGUCGGUCGUCUGGAGAUUCUGAAGAUUCACGCCUCUGGUGUGGUUAUUGAGGGUGAUAUCGACUACGAGAGUGUUGUGAAAAUGAGUGAUGGCUUGAACGGUGCUGAUUUGCGCAAUGUGGUUACUGAAGCUGGUCUGUUUGCGAUCAAGGACUACCGCGAUGCGAUCAACCAAGACGACUUCAACAAGGCGGUGCGCAAGGUUGCCGAGGCCAAGAAGCUUGAGGGCAAGCUCGAAUAUCAGAAGCUAUAA